CCUGACUCGCGUUGGUUCUGCGGACGUGCUGCAAAAGUUUGAAAAAUAGUUGCGCAUGUUCUCAACGCAGGCCACCCUCCCAUAAGCACUCAGUUGAAAUCGGUACUGAAGCAGCAGAAAUGAUGGAAGAUCCGGAGGAUACCCCGGCAGAGAGCUCGCCUGCUGUGGAGGAGCCCGCUGACGAGCCGAGCACGCCUCCCGCUGGAAUGCGGGAAGAAUUCCUUGCCAAGGAAGUCGGAAAGAGCCCGCCUAUGUCAAUUUGUAAGACGAGCCGGACCAACCCUCGCCAUGAGCUUGAAGAGCUCGAUGAGAACGUUCUUCGGGAAAUGCUCUUGAAGGCCAGCCCCAAGUACGCGGAGCCGUUCGACAUGAGUCAGAUCACGCGCAACGUCAGCAUCGGGAGAGCGGCGCGGCGGGAGAUGGACGUGGCGUCGUCAUCAUACGGGGAAUCAGCGGGCCAGCUGCUUGAAGACGGCACCUUCCGGCGCCCCAGCCGCAACAGCGCCGGCGGCAUGGCCGGCAGCGCGCCGGGCCUCCCCAACGGCCACUCCGCCCACAGCGGCAGCGGCGCCGCCAACGGCGGGCAGCGCUCCGCCGGGGCCACCGCCACCGGCGUGGCAGCUUUCUUCGGCCCCUUGGGCGGGCUGAUAGGUCUCAGCUCGCCACCUCCGGCGGCGUCGGCUGCAGCCCGCGCGCGUGCCAGCGCCUCCGGCGCAGUCGCCUCCGGCGGGCAAGGCCCGCAGGGCGGCUCUGGGUCUCAGGGCGGCGCGGCGGGGCCGGGCUCGGGGUUGCAGCAGUCGCAGCAGCUGGCCUCGUCCUUCAGCACGACGUCCAGUGCGUGUGUGGGCAGCUGCUAUGAUGCGGAGCUGGCGCGGCAGCGGGCGGCGGUGGCGGCGAUUGAGGACGACGUGGAGGAGGAGUGCAGGGUCAACCGGGAGCUGGCCGCGCGCAUCACGGAGCGCCUGGACAACAGCUGCAAGAUCCUGGACGGGCUGGCAGCGCUGCUGUCCGCUCUCGGUGCGGCCGAGUCCGCCUACGCGACCGCCAUGGCCGCGGCGGCGCGUGUGCGGCUGGUGGGGCUGGAGGCGGACGACGGCGAGCUGCGGGCGGCGGGUGAGGCGCUGCUGCGGGUGCCCUCAGUCAUUGACCAGGCGCACAGGCCGCUGCACAGCACGCUGACGGGUCUGUCCAAGGAGGUGGCGGCGCUGCUGGGGCGCUACCGGGCGGCGGCGCGGGAGGUGUCGACGGAGGCGGCCACCGCGCAGCGACACAUAGACACCAUACGCAAGCAGCUGCAGGCGGCCCUGGCGGACCACGGCUCCGCCUGCCGCGGGCUGGAGGGCGUGCUGGCGGACCGCGGCGCGGGGCGGCCCACGCGGGCGCCCGAGGCCGACCCGUGGGCCAGCGAGGGGCGGCUGGUGCUGGAGCAGCAGGCGCUGCAGACGUGGCAGGACCGGGAGCGGGCGGCGCUGAGGAAGGGCUUCCAGCAGGUGACCGACCUGGAGCAGCAGCGGCUGGAGCUGGUGAAGGCGGCCAUGACCAGUGCAGUGGACAGCUACCGGGCGGCGCUGCUGCCGCUGCAGCAUGACCUGCACAACAUGAACGACGUGCUGCAGGCCAUCCAGCCCGAGGUGAAGCUGAGCACCCUGCGCGACAUGGCCGCCACAGCCACACGCACCGCGCAGGGGCUGGGCGCGCGGCAGGCCGAGAGCCUGCAGUCCGUGUGCCACGAGCUGUUCUGCUCGCCGGAGAUCAGCCGCCAGGGGGACCUGCAGGUGUGGGAGCCGGCCACGGAGCGCUGGCGCAAGUGCCACUUCGUGCUCACACGGGCAGGCUACCUGCAUUGGUUCCCCAAGGCGGAGGAGGUGCGGCCGCUGGACGGACUGGCGCUGGCCCGGUGCGCCUUCGAGGCGGGCAAGGCACCACGCUUCAACAUCAUCGAGACAGCCAAGGGCGGCGGCUGGUUGGGCGGCAUCCGCGGCCGCCGUCUGUCCUUCCAGGCGGCGAGUGUGGAGGAGUGCUGCGAGUGGGCCAUCGCCAUCCGGGAGGCCAUUGCGGUGGCGGAGGGCAAGCAGCUGGCGUUCGAGGAGGAGGAGCAGCAGGCGGGGCAGCGGUAGACGGCCUGUGGGUGGGCGUGUUGGUACAGCCCCCACCAGGCCGGAGGUCAGGAGGCAUGGAGAUGCAGGUGAUGCCGUCAGGUGGAGGCAUGCGGUC